UGCAGGGCGGGCGAGAGGCGGCCGCUCCGCCGGGCAGCGCGGGCGGGGGGACAGCGGUGACGGAAAGCGGCAGCUGGGGGGGACGGCGGCGCUGGGUUAAUUUCCCACCCCCCCUUCCCCCCCGCCUCCCCGGCCGGAGGAAGAUGGAGCUCGGUUAGUAAGGGCUUGCGGGAGGAGCAGCGGGAGCAGAUACAUGAUACUGCAGAGCUUCAAAAUCACAAAUAAAAUCAUCUGGACAAUUGCCUCCUGUCUUCCUAAAUAGGUAAACAUAUUAGAAACAGAAACAGGGGCCUACCUACCUCAUUCCUGGAGAAAGUGAGUUCGCUGGUGUGAACGCCUGCCUCUUUUGCUUCACCAAAAUGAGAUAGGGCAUGCAGGAGAGAAGGGAGAUUUUUGCAAAUAGAAUUUACCAUGAUUUCUCAGGGGACAAAAUUUUGCUUAUUCAUACCUUCUACUGUGGCAAAAAUGGAUUGUUUUACUCACCAAAAACCAGCAGCAUAAUGCUCAUCUGACACAUGCCAGUCUGUUAUGGAUGCCUUCUAGCCAACCAGCAAGUCCUGCUGCUGCAUGUCUGGCAGCAUCUCUGAAUGAUCACAUGACUCUUGAUAUGGAUGCAGUUCUGUCAGACUUUGUUCGGUCCACAGGGGCAGAACCAGGUCUGGCAAGAGAUUUACUGGAAGGCAAAAACUGGGACUUGACAGCAGCUUUGAAUGACUAUGAGCAGCUCCGGCAGGUUCACACUGCCAACCUACCACAGGUGUUCAACGAGGGCAAAUACUACAAGCAGCAGGAGCCAGAGCAGCCUCCCCAGGUGACAAAGGUUGAGCGGCCCUGCCUGCAAAGGCAGGAUGACAUUGCUCAAGAAAAGCGGCUUUCCAGAGGUAUUUCUCAUGCCAGCUCAGCCAUAGUCUCCCUUGCUCGAUCACAUGUAGCAAAUGAGUGCAACAAUGAACAGUUUCCUUUGGAAAUGCCCAUCUACACAUUCCAGCUACCAGACCUUAGCGUGUACAGUGAAGACUUCAGAAGCUUCAUUGAACGUGACUUAAUUGAGCAGGCAACAAUGGUUGCUUUGGAGCAAGCAGGACGACUAAACUGGUGGUCCACGGUGUGUACAAGCUGCAAACGUCUUCUUCCCUUAGCUACAACAGGUGAUGGAAACUGCCUCUUGCAUGCUGCAUCUUUAGGGAUGUGGGGAUUUCAUGACCGGGACCUUGUUUUACGUAAAGCACUCUAUACUAUGAUGAGAACAGGAGCUGAAAGAGAAGCACUGAAAAGAAGAUGGAGAUGGCAACAGACUCAGCAGAAUAAGGAGUCAGGUUUAGUGUAUACAGAAGAAGAAUGGGAGCGGGAGUGGAAUGAACUGCUUAAACUGGCAUCAAGCGAGCCUCGCACGCACUUCAGCAAAAAUGGAGGCACUGGUGGUGGAGUUGAUAACUCAGAAGAUCCAGUGUAUGAAAGCUUAGAAGAGUUCCAUGUUUUUGUCUUAGCUCAUAUUUUGAGAAGACCUAUUGUUGUAGUAGCAGACACUAUGUUACGAGACUCAGGGGGAGAAGCAUUUGCACCUAUACCAUUUGGAGGAAUUUAUUUGCCACUUGAAGUUCUACCAAACAGAUGCCAUUGCUCACCACUUGUGCUAGCCUAUGAUCAGGCCCAUUUCUCUGCUCUUGUUUCCAUGGAACAAAAAGAUCAACAGAGAGAGCAAGCGGUGAUCCCCCUGACUGACUCUGAACACAAGUUACUGCCUUUGCACUUUGCAGUCGAUCCUGGGAAAGACUGGGAGUGGGGAAAAGAUGACAAUGAUAACACCAGACUGGCCAAUUUGAUUCUGUCUCUUGAGGCAAAGCUUAAUCUUCUACACAGCUAUAUGAAUGUAACAUGGAUACGCAUACCAUCUGAGACACGGCAGGCCCCUUUGGCUCAACCAGAAUCCCCUACGGCUUCAGCCGGGGAAGACGUUCAGUCUCUGGCUGACUCAAUGGACUCGGACCGAGAUUCCAUCUGUAGUAAUUCCAAUGGCAAUAAUGGCAAAAGCAGUAAAGAAAAAGAAAAGGACAAACAGAGGAAAGAUAAAGACAAAACCAGGACGGAUUCAGUUGCAAAUAAAAUAGGAAGCCUCAGUAAAACCUUGGGAAUUAAAUUGAAAAAGAAUAUGGGUGGUCUUGGAGGCCUGGUACAUGGCAAAAUGAGCAGAGCUAAUUCAGGGAAUGGAAAAAACGGUGACACAGUAGAGAAAGUCAAAGAGAAGAAGUCUAAGUCUCGAAAAGGGAGCAAAGAGGAAUCUGGACAGUCUGCAAGCACUUCUCCAUCUGAAAAGACCACUCCAUCACCGACUGACAGAGCUAGCAACUCACCCACUGAAAAGAUGAACACCAAAUCCUUCUCUGACAAGCAGUCUGACCCAUGGAAGUACAGCACUGACGUGAAACUCAGCCUAAAUAUUUUGAGAGCUGCUAUGCAGGGUGAACGAAAGUUUAUUUUUGCUGGCCUUCUGCUGACCAGUCACAGGCAUCAGUUCCAUGAGGAGAUGAUAGGCUAUUACUUGACCAGUGCACAGGAGCGUUUCAAUGCAGAACAGGAACAGAAAAGAAAGGAUGCUGAAAAGAAGGCUGCACUGAAUGGGUCAUCUAGUAGGAAACUUGAGUCAGAAGCGUACUCAAAAGAAAAAUUAGAAACAUCUCCUCAGGACAGGGCAUCACCCAUCUUGCCGCAAAGCCAUACAACUCAGCUGGUUUUAAAAUUUAAAGAUCGCACUAGUCCCACUCCUGGGUCAUUUUCUUCACCUAGUAAUGGUGCUAAGAAAAGUGGACCCAUUCCAGUGUCUGCCCACUAUAGCCAUACGCCACCUGUUCAAAGGCAAAGCGUCAUCCAUUUGCAUGAUGUCAACUCCAAGCCAUCGAGCUUCCAAGAUGAUACCUACAAGCCAGUAGUUGGCACCUUAAAAACUUGUGCCACCUAUCCUCAACAAAACAGAUCACUGUCUUCUCAGAGCUAUAGCCCAGCCCGGAUCUCUGGCAUCCGUACAGUGAACACGGUGGAAUCGCUGAGCUAUGCCAUGCCUACUGAACACAAGUCGCAGACAUACACAAAUGGAUUCAAUACUGGUGAUAUUAGAGACUGCUUAGAAUAUGCUGAUGAGGAUGCUCCUCAGACCUGGUUGAACAAUGAUAAAAACCAAGGCAGAAGCACAGUUUGCCCAAUAUAUUCCAUCCAGCAGAACCGCUGUAAGAAGGAGAACUGUUCCUUUUAUGGUCGUCCUGAGACUGACAAUUACUGUUCAUACUGCUACAAAGAAGAGCUAAAGCGCAGGGAGAGGGAAAGCAAGGGACACCGGCAUUGAGGAUUCUUCCAUGACUACUUAGUUUUACCGUUUUCUUACUUUCAAAGUAAACAGUGUUGAAUUGCAGUAAAAGGAAUCCUUAAAGAAAGAAUAAAGGAUUGAUGAGUAAAUAGUGUCUAGCUUUUCGCUUUUCCGGGGCAAUGAGGAAAUAAUAGGAUUAAUUUAUCAUAAAAAAAAAUAUAUAAUUUUCCAUUUUGUCAGUGUCUUUUUUACACAUACUGGUAAGCUGAAGGGUUGUUUACUCCUUUGUCAGUGCUGUGUAUAUGUUUGGUCAAAAAUUUACUAAUGGUGCCUGAAUUUACACUGACAUCACUCAGGUAGUAGAAUGAUAGGGGAAAGUCAUAAUACCAGAGCUGUGGUGUUGUAGUAGGAUAGUAUCUGUCUUGCAGACAUUUGAAACUCUAUAGCUAUUAUGAAAGUAUUUUUUCCUCAGUGAAACCUAAACUUUUCAUAGCCUUUUCUUUUCAGGAGGGUAGUGAUUUUUUGCAUACUGCACAUUUUUAACAUGGCAGCAUAUUGCAUUGCAACUAAUAUUUGUACUCCAGUCUGAAAUUGAAUUAGCCUGGGAAAAUGGGAAUGAAAGGUCUGAAUUCAUGAGGGCUGUUGCUCUUUGGAAUUUUAAGUCCUUACCAGUUAUUUUCCAUAAAAAGUAGAUGUGAGCCACUUUUAUUUGUACUGAAUUUUUAAACAGGUUUUAUAGAAAACUACUUUAUGACUUGCAAGACUUCACAUCACCUGAAUUUCAGUAGCUUUUUCGUUGCUGUUAUAAUAGAGAGAAAUGGC